CUCGACACAUUCUCGUAUUUCUCGGUUCGAAUAGCAUGGCUGACGAAGACUACUCCUUUGAAUCGUCCGAUGCCGGUGCGUCGGAGACGUACCCCAUGGAAGCCGGUCAGGUGAAGAAGGGCGGGUUCAUCAUGAUCAAGGGACACCCGUGCAAGGUCGUGAGCAUUGCCACCUCGAAGACCGGCAAGCACGGCCACGCUAAGUGCAACUUUACCGCGUUGGACAUCUUCACGAACAAGAAGUACGAAGAUAUUGUGCCUUCGUCCCACAACUGCUCCGUGCCGUUCGUCACCCGUGCCGAAUACACUUUGUUGGACAUCACGGACGAAGACUUUGUCUCGUUGAUGGACGAAAACGGUGACACGCGCGAAGACAUCAAGUUGCCGUUGAUCCCUGAAGGGUUCGGCGACGAAAUCCGCGCUGACUUCGACGCUGGCAAGCAGUUGGCCGUCUCCGUGUUGAAGGCCUGCGGCAUUGAACAAAUUGUCGCCAAGAAGGAAGACCUCUCGGCCGACAAGUAGAUAUUUUGGGCUUAACAGACUAGAGGCAAUUUAUUAUCUCUACAUGACAAAGCUGCGAACUGAGAAACGUAGGUAUGUGUCGUCUUGAGUUUACGAGCGCGUUGGCACGACCACCGCAACGGCCGUGAUCGCGGCGUCCCAGACAAGAAUCGCCAGGUGAUACAUCAUCUACACGCAGUGUAGAUGCUGGUGAAUAUUGGAUUGCUGGUA